GACUACUGUGGGGAGAUGCUUUGGGGUUUGGUACGGCAAGGAUUAAAGUGUGAAGGUUGUGGGCUAAACUACCAUAAGCGAUGUGCCUUCAAGAUUCCGAAUAACUGCAGUGGAGUAAGAAAGAGGCGACUGUCUAACGUGUCUUUACCAGGAGCAGGGCUUUCAGUCCCAAGACCAGCCCAAGCUGAAUAUACAUCCUCUGCCUCUGAAGAGGUGUGGUCUCACCAGGAACCUAGUAAGAGGAUUCCUUCCUGGAGUGGCCGUCCCAUCUGGAUGGAAAAGAUGGUGCUUUGCAGGGUGAAGGUUCCACACACCUUUGCUGUUCACUCCUACACUCGUCCUACCAUAUGCCAGUAUUGUAAACGGCUACUCAAGGGCCUCUUUCGCCAAGGAAUGCAAUGUAAAGAUUGCAGAUUCAAUUGUCACAAACGCUGUGCGUCUAAAGUACCUAGAGACUGUCUUGGAGAGGUGGUUUUCAAUGGAGAACCUGCUAGCCCAGGCCAGGACUUGGACAUGCCAAUGGAAGUUGAUAGCAGUGAAAUGAACAGUGACGGCAGUCGAAGUCUAGAUGAUGCUGAAGAGCCCUCUCCUCCAGAGGACAAAAUCUUCUUUAUGGAUCCAUCUGAUCUUGAUACAGACAAGGAUGAGGAAGCUGUCAAAACUAUCAGUCCUUCAACAAGCAGUAAUAUUCCUCUCAUGAGAGUCGUACAGUCAAUCAAGCACACAAAGAGGAAGAGCAGUACAAUGGUGAAGGAAGGAUGGAUGGUUCACUAUACUAGUAGAGACAAUCUGAGAAAAAGACAUUACUGGAGACUGGACAGCAAAUGCCUCACACUGUUUCAAAAUGAAUCUGGAACAAAAUAUUACAAGGAGAUUCCACUUUCAGAGAUUCUCCAGGUGACUCAGCCUCGAGAUUUUUCAAAUGUGAUGCAGGGCAGCAACCCGUACUGUUUUGAGAUCAUCACUGACACCAUGGUGUACUUUGUUGGUGAAAACAAUGGCACCAGUCAUCACAGCCCUGUUCUUGCUGCCACCGGAGUUGGACUUGACGUAGCUCAGGGCUGGGAGAAAGCCAUUCGUCAGGCUUUGAUGCCAGUCACUCCUCAAGCUAGUGUUUGCACUGCUGCAGGACAAGGAAAAGAUCACAAAGAGUUAUCUCUGAGCAUCUCUGUUUCAAACUGCCAGGUCCAGGAGAAUGUGGAUAUCAGCUCUGUGUACCAAAUAUUUGCUGAUGAAGUGUUGGGUUCUGGUCAGUUUGGUAUCGUAUAUGGAGGAAAACACAGGAAGACUGGAAGAGAUGUGGCUAUCAAAGUCAUUGACAAGAUGAGGUUUCCAACUAAACAGGAAAGUCAGCUUCGUAAUGAAGUAGCCAUUCUCCAGAAUUUGCACCACCCUGGGAUUGUGAACCUGGAAUGUAUGUUUGAAACCCCAGAACGAGUCUUUGUUGUGAUGGAAAAGCUGCAUGGGGAUAUGCUGGAGAUGAUUCUUUCCAGCGAGAAAAGUCGACUUCCAGAAAGAAUAACUAAGUUCAUGGUCACUCAGAUACUUGUUGCCUUGAGGAAUUUGCACUUCAAAAAUAUUGUGCACUGUGAUUUAAAACCAGAAAAUGUACUACUAGCAUCAGCAGAGCCAUUCCCUCAAGUGAAGCUGUGUGAUUUUGGCUUUGCACGUAUCAUUGGUGAAAAAUCUUUCAGGCGCUCUGUGGUGGGCACACCUGCUUAUCUUGCCCCUGAAGUGCUCAGGAGUAAGGGUUACAACCGCUCUCUAGACAUGUGGUCAGUAGGGGUUAUUGUCUACGUGAGCCUUAGUGGUACGUUUCCUUUUAAUGAAGAUGAGGAUAUAAAUGAUCAGAUUCAAAAUGCAGCAUUUAUGUACCCACCAAAUCCUUGGAAGGAAAUUUCUAGUGAAGCCAUUGAUUUGAUAAACAAUUUGCUUCAAGUGAAGAUGAGAAAACGUUUCAGUGUUGACAAAUCCCUUAGUCAUCCAUGGUUACAGGAUUACCAGACUUGGCUUGACCUCAGAGAAUUUGAAACACGCAUUGGAGAACGUUACAUUACCCAUGAGAGUGAUGAUGCACGCUGGAAAGAACAUGCUUAUGAACACAACCUUGAGUACCCCCAGCAUUUUAUUAUGGCUCCUAAUCCAGAUGACAUGGAAGAAGACCCUUGAUUUAUUCAUUAUGCUAAAUUACAGCGAUAGAUACUCCAGAGAGAAACUGAGGAUAAGUUUUGGAAUAACUGUUGCUCUUUCUGAAGUGCUAUGUACAUAGUUCAGUGUAUGAAGUCCCAGAGGAUCCUGCAUUGACAUGGGAAUAGACUGUCAUCUGACAAGAUUUUCUCCAUCACUGACUUAACUAUGAGUAGUUACUGGACAGUAAGAUAAACCUCACUGGGUAACAUUUCACCAAACUGUGUGGCUACAAAGCCAUUACUGAGGUGUCAUGUGUACAGAUUGAAUGGUUUGUGUGUUUUUCAAGGAUUUUUUUGUUUUCAUAGACUACACAGUAAGAAUUUUGUAAUGGUUUUCUAAUCCCUAUUUACUAGACCAUAUAGGACUGUUUUUUGUUACUUAUAUACAUCUCCCAUUUCCCAAACUGUGCAUGGGGAAAAGAGACUGUAAAAAGAAAUCAGUGCAGUGUACCUUGGCGAAUAGGAAAUCAUGUAGGUUUAGGCCAAACACAGCUUCAUCCAUGAAGGAAUCAUUUGCUGCUAAGACAGCUAAACAUGAGUGUCUUUGCCCUAACUGAACUUUUCCCCGAUACUCCAAAAAAAGAAGACCCCCACAAAUUCCUCUGGCAGUACUGGCUGACAAUCUAAAGAAAUGACACCACAGUUAUGCUAGUUCUUUGUUUCGUCUGUUAAAACAGAGCAAUAAGCCACAACCGUGUGUUGCUGUGCAAGGCUGGCACACUUCAUUGAUACACACCAAAGGCAUUUUGUCUUAAAGCUAAACAAGUAAUGCACAUAGAGCAUACAGGACUUGAUGUAGCUUAUCCUUUCAUGCAGAAGGAUGUGGAAGAAUAGGGAAACAUGUGCAGCUUUCUUCUGUUUUAUUACAUUUUAAUUUUUUUCUACUUUUUUGUAAUUUGUUUUAGGGUUCCCUGGACUUUCAUCAGGAGUAGUUUGUAACCUGCUAGCUUGUAUCUUAACUCUGUUCAAAACCUAGGCAUAACAGUGGACAUCAAAUUACAUGUUGCUUCUGCCAGGGCAGCUGGAUUGUAGGAGAAAGGGCUUUACCUUCUGGACCUUAACCUGCAGCCCCUCCUAUCCUCUUUACUGUGCUCAGCAUUGUUAUUUCAGCUGAAUUAAGAGUCUAAAACUAAUUUGAAUUCAUAUUUUAAUACAGCUCUCUCAUCUGAGGGAUUCCCAGCAGUGUUCUGUGAAAUGAGUCCUUCAGAGAACAGUGUAACAGUUAAUCUUAUCAAGAUGUUUGAAAGCCAUGAAUGCUAAAUGCAAAUGGAGGAGUAUGGGGCUUUUUUUUGGUCCUGUUUUAAAAAAAUGGAAAAGGUAAAAUCUUUCCUUCUGUGUGGGGUAACAGUACUGUGGUGCCAGAAGGUGCUGAAUGGCUCUAAAUAUGCCUGAUGUGCCAGGCUGCUUCAUGGGAUCCUGCUUUGAUAUAGUUCUAAAAAUAACGAUACAGGCUUGAAUUGCAGAAUCAGUGAGAAGCUUUGGGGUAUCUCAUCUCUCUCCUACAAAGAUUUUUUUUUUUCUGUAUGUAGGUAACUGUUCCUGCUGUUGUUCUUCAGGUAAGGAAGCAGGUGAGCAGAGGUUUCUCUUGUUAGAUACACACAAAAUUUUACACGGCUAUUUCAGGGUGGGCAACUGCUUGCAGUGAGAGUGACAUGGCAGUCAAGUCAGUGGCAGUUAAGAAUUUUGUACCCAUAGGUAGGUUUGGCUCUUUAAUCCACUUUUCUUUUCCUAUUGCCCUAAGUCUAACUGCCACUGCAUUUUGUAGGUGUCUAAACUGCUAGAAGCUGUCUUCCCUGUUAGAAAUACCAGACUUUGUUCAACACAUUGGUGCAGCCCGUAUGGCAGUUUCCUACAGCCAGCAGUGGGUAGAGCAUUUCAGCCCCUCUGACCACCAAGCAUCCUCUCUCCUAGCACAGGUUUUUCUCAAGUUUGUGCAGUAAACUUGCAUAAUGGCAGUUUCUGCUACUCCUACACUGGGGGUCAUCCUUCCCAUUCCACACUGUCAAUGGAAAGGAAUUGGUAAGGGGUAGAAUUUGCCCCUUAACCUUGCCACCUGUCAGGGCAGGGUUUCAGGACUGAUUCCUCAGAGGGGCACUGGUUUUAUCUUUAGAACCAGGACAGCAGCUUCUGAAGCUGGUAUUUACCCAGGCUUGGCAAGGGACGCAGUGUUUUUUUUUCCACUGCUCAAGUGAUGAAAUUUCAGUGAAGCCACUGCUGUCUUCCAUCCUAACUCUAAUAAUGUGGAUAGUCUGAUUUUAAACUUCUAAUUUUUUACUUGAGGUUUUCCUGUGGGU